UGCAUGCUUGUAUUUAAAAUCUGAUCAUCUAGUAGUAGCAGUUCGUAUUCGUACCGUUGACUAGGUAGUGUAUAUGGUGCAUCGAUAUUGCUAACAAAAGUCGUAAAAAUGUUUUCGAAAAAACACUCUUAUAAAAUUCUAUUCGCCUCGAACUCUAUAUUAUCACAUAAUCGUAGAAGUUUUAAUCAUUUAUCAAAAUCGUCGAUACCUCGUCUUAAAUUAGUUUCGUGCAACGGUAGGAAAUUUUUUCAAAAUGAAAAAUUCACUAGUUACGUUUUAUUUACCACUCAGCACAGGAGGACUUACGCUACUAGUGAAAAUAAUGUAGUAGAAUCAAAAUUUGGAACAAUUGAUAUACCGGAUUCGAAUCUGCCGCAGUAUAUUUGGAGGGAUAUUAAGAAAUGGCCCACAAAACCCAUGAUUACUUGUGGAAUUACUGGCAGAUCAUACACGUACGAAAAAGGUCGUCAAAUGUGUACGUUAUUUGCUCGAGCUUUGGUUUCAAAGCUGAAAUUAAAGAAAGGAGACGUUGUCGGUUUAUUGCUACCCAAUAUUCCUGAAUAUGUGCUCGCCAUACACGGUGCCAUGGAAGCUGGAAUGAUAGUUACAUUUGUGAAUCCUCUAUAUACUCCAAGCGAAAUCAAAAGGCAAUUCGAAAACGCCGACGUUAAAUACGCCGUGACAAUACCAGAGUUGUUAUCAAAUUUAGAAGCUGCCAUAUCCGAAUCGAGUCAUUACCGAGGAACCAUUGUUAUCAACAAACCAGAAAAAACUGAAUCAAAAUUCGACGUACACGAUUUCGGCAAAUUGAUCGCUUCUCAAGCUGAAUCUGAAUCCGUGCCUUUGUACACCCCCUCUUCGGAGGAUAUUGCUGUGCUGCCUUAUUCCAGCGGAACUACCGGUCUUCCUAAAGGAGUCAUGCUGACUCACAAAAACUGUGUAGCUAAUUUAAUGCAAUUGGAUCACGAUAACAUUCUUUCGUAUAAAGAUACUACAGAUACAUUCCAGGAGAUAUCACUGACAGUACUGCCUUUCUUCCACAUAUACGGAUUUAAUUCAAUUCUAAACCUCGCCGUGAACAAAGGCUUACAUUUAGUAACAAUGCCGAAAUUCGUACCAGAAGCCUAUAUCAAAUGCCUGCAACAGUAUAAGCCCAAUUUAUUAUUCGUAGUUCCAUCUUUAUUGCUGUUCUUAGCUUCACAUCCGAGUGUGAAACCCGAGUAUUUGGCCUCUGUUAGAGAAAUCGUCAGUGGAGCUGCUCCGGCUAGUAAAUCUUUAAUCGAGAAUUUUAGGAAUAAGUUUAACCACGAUGAAUUAGUAAUUAGACAAGGAUAUGGAAUGACCGAGUUAUCCCCCUGCGCUCUACUUUCACCUCUCAAUCUGGGCUUCGAAAAGCACGGUUCCGCUGGUGUGUUGAUCAGGGAUACCAAAGCCAGAGUGGUCAGUUUGAAAGAUGGGAAAAACCAGCCAGCUUAUGAGUCUGGUGAAUUAUACAUUAAAGGACCACAGGUUAUGAAAGGAUAUUGGAAAAACGACAAAGCCACUGAAGAAAUCCUAGAUAAAGAUGGUUGGCUGCGUACCGGAGAUGUGGUGUACUACGACAACGAUGAAUUCUUUUACGUUAUUGAUCGUACAAAAGAACUUAUUAAAGUUAAAGGAAACCAGGUAUCACCCACCGAACUUGAAGGAAUAAUACUCAAACUACCCGAAAUCGCCGACGUAGCUGUAGUCGGAAUACCGGACACAUUAGCCGACGAAAUACCUAAAGCCUUCGUUGUUCUGAAACAAAAUGCUCAAAUAAGUGCCGAAAAAAUCAUCGAUCACGUUAAUCAGCAAGUCGUCCAUUACAAAAAAUUAGCCGGAGGAGUCGCUUUCAUCAACGCAAUCCCUCGUAACGUCGCUGGAAAAAUAUUACGAAACGAGUUAAAAGUACUAGGUGGCAAAUAAAAAACCAAACCUGCUGAAAAUCGUGUCUCGUUAUCACGAACCUACGUAUUUAAUUUGUUAAAAAAAAUGCUCCAUUUAAAAAAACGCAUAUUUUAGGGUAAAAUUUGUAUUUGGUGUAUAGAAUUUUACAUCUUCGAUUAAUGUUAUCAUUUUAAUAAUGUACAAUAAUAGUUUAAUUUUUUCUUUUAGUCAAUUACAUAUCAACGUUAUUUUUAUCAA